AUGAUCGUGCUGGAAACACUCACGGACUUGUCCAAUGCCAGCUUUCCAUCGGCAGAGACAGAAACCACAAAGAAGGCGGCUAGUCUGUCAAACAGAACAACCAGCUUGUUCAGUUUAGGAACCUGGAUCAACUGGGAAACGGCGUAUUCCAUCAGAUCGCCCUCCUCGUUCUGGAACCGCGAGGGAGCCAGGUUCUCAGCGGUGAGGAACGGCUCGAUGUCGGCAGAGAAAUUGACUGAUUCUAAUAUGCUCGUCUCUGUCUGUAGUGAUGACAAACUCCUUGCCCGAGCCGUUUCCAAUAUUAAGAACCGACGUGAGCAUCGACACGUGUCCGAGGACCGGCACCAGGUCUUUCUCGGAGACGAUUUCCGGGUCCAGAGUGUCGACAGAGUACACAUCUCCAAAUUUGUCACCAACCAGGAUUUUUGUAUCGUCGAGCGACGUGGUGAUCGAACAUGUUCUCUUAGGAAGCGGUUGGCGCUUCACCUCUUUCAAAUGGCCGUCGAUGAUCUCGAAAACAACAACAGCCUUGUCUGUAUCGGUGGUGAGGAUCAGGUAUUUCUCAUUUCUGCUCAAUUGGAUAUCUCUAAUGUAACAGAUUUUGGCUGGAGCUCCUGCGCCAGGAGUUGGAACUUUGGGAGGUCUGUGGUCGGUGGAGCCCGAUUCCUUGACCUCUUGCUCGUAUCUCUGGAUACGGGCCUCGUACUCCUUAAUUAG